AACAGGCGACCACACCAGUACUCCGUUUCUUGUGGGUGACCUUCCGAGGACGAAGACGAGGACUGGAACACGCACAUUCCUUUGGAGCAGACAUUGGACAGACGACCAUGACAUCAGCUAACGAUCAAAGGACAGGGUACUGGAGCUCUGAAGAGCAAGCAUACCUAGAUGAAUUGAUUACACAGUUCAUGGAUGGAUCCCUAGUAGGAUUGCGGAAGGGAACCACUCUCCGAGCUUUCCUUGCAAACCAGCUCAACUGCAAUGAGAAGAGAAUCUCCAAGAGAGCCGAGAAAAUUGAUGGGUACAAUGGAAGAACGAAGUAUAUGGGGAGGCCCUUCUCUCUGCGGGAGAUCAAAGCCCGGAAAGACAAACUUGAUAGGCUGAGGACGGUGUUCCUUGAUCAAGUCCGGUAUAGGAAAGACCUAACAGACCCGCAUAGCAAGGUCUUGGAAAGAGUCCUUGGGUCUACCCUUGGUGAGGUUGCUGCGGGAGGCGAGGGAAACAUCCUCCUGUGCCACCACAAUCAAUAUCGGAGCCCCCCCAGCAUGCCCUCAAAUCAGGGCUCUGCAACGCUUCGCCAGAAUGACAAUGUGAUGGAGAAGGCACAAUCCAGGAUGCCAGCCACCGGUGCCAUAUCAUCCUUUAACACCAACCACAGCUCUGUGGCACCAGAACAGUCAUUGAAAGACCAAGGACCCAAGGCACCUUUCAUGCAAUGCAUCGAAAGGUCUGCGCAGGCCGGGGCUCAUGGAAGCUCUGUUUUGGCCUUAGCCGAGUCAGGUGCAAGUGCAGCUGGUGUUGCGUGGUCCAAUCUUGCCAUUGGUGAGGAGGGGUUCUCCGUGGAGAAGAUGCCUGCAGCUGCAAAUCAGAGGGUCAACCGUACUCCUGCAGCAUCAGCAUCAAACCCUAGUCCAAGUGGCAGAUUCAAGCGAAGCUCAACAGAGGCAGGCAUGCUGCAGAAAAUACCUUUUGAAGUGCAAAAGGGCUCAUCAUUUGCUGCCACUCUGUUAUUGAGGAGGAGAAAUUUCGGCAAUGGCAGUCCACAAGGUGUCUCUUUUGCCUCGGCGGAGAGCAGGGUUCCAGUGGCAGCCUCAAGAAUGUCUUCAGGGUCGCAACGCGAACAGGCACCACCAUCCUUCCGCACUGCAAUCGCCACUUCUCCCAACAGGAGCAUCAGUGAACCCGGUCAAGCAUCCAUUGGCCCAGCUGGUAGUGCCAGCGCCCUCGUUGCGGCCGCGAAGAAGUUUUCAGGGUGGCAACGCAAGCAGGCACCUCCAUCUUUUCGAACUGUGACCGCCAUUGCUACCAACAUGAACAUCAGUGAACCCGGCCAAGCAUCCGCGGGCCCAGCUGAUGGCAGGGUUCCAGCAGCCGCGGCCAAAGCACCUCAAGUCGUUCGAGGAGGGCAGCCCAAGCAGGCGCCUCCAUCCCAUGAACAUGUGGCAGUCAACAGAGACAACUUGGACGACCAGUCCAUGAUGUUGCAGGCAUCUCUGCCCCCUGCAAUGAAUAUCCCGACUCGUGAGCGUCCAACUGACGCUCUGCUCGCUUUGCCAUCCCAGAUGUCAAUGAAUACCAAUGACAACAGUACUGCAGUGCGGCUGACCAUUAUACUACUCACGCAAUUGAAUGAAUCACGCUCCUUUGGCGAAUCGAACCCUGCGGUGAUGUUGGCGUUGAAAUUGCUAACUCAAGUGCUAAUGACGACGUGUAACACGACCUCUUCUCCUGCUCACGACCUUCCCGAGGAGCCCCUCCCCAAACGCGCGAGAUUGAACUGACUCUUUUGAAAGUGAGAGAUGAUGGCCCAGCGAAGUGUGGACCCUAAUGCAUUCCUUCAUACAUUUCAUUCAUUCAAAUGCAUCUUCGCCGGUUGCAUUUAGUUCAAGAAUAAAUCCAUAAGAAAAACAUUCACUGGU